CUUGUCGGACACGGAGCCAUUGGGAGCCAGGCAAAGUGCGGAGCGGGUCCACACCGCAAGCCGCAACGCAGCCCACCGGGCUUGGCCGGAUCCUAACAAUGCUACCCCCGUGUCUCGGUGCUCGCCUCCAGCGCGCCUGCACCUAAAGAAGUAAACAGGUCAUGGCACGCUUAACAAAAAGACGACAGGCGGACACAAAAGCUAUCCAGCAUCUUUGGGCAGCCAUUGAAAUUAUCAGGAAUCAGAAGCAGAUUGCCAACAUUGAUCGUAUUACAAAGUAUAUGUCCCGAGUCCACGGCAUGCAUCCCAAAGAGACCACCCGGCAGCUGAGCUUAGCUGUGAAGGACGGUCUUAUUGUCGAAACUCUAACAGUGGGCUGCAAAGGUUCAAAAGCUGGCAUUGAACAGGAAGGAUAUUGGUUACCAGGAGAUGAGAUAGCCUACAGUAUGCAGCCUUUCUCCAGGACAGCAGCCCCAGACAAGGACUGGGAAACAGAAACUCAUGACUGGUAUUGUUUUGAAUGCCAUUUGCCUGGAGAGGUGUUGAUAUGUGACCUGUGUUUUCGUGUGUAUCAUUCCAAGUGUUUGUCUGAUGAGUUCAGGCUUAGAGACAGCAGUAGUCACUGGCAGUGCCCAGUUUGCAGGAGCAUUAAGAAGAAGCACUCUAACAAGCAGGAGAUGGGCACCUACCUGAGGUUCAUCGUCUCCCGCAUGAAGGAGCGGGCUAUAGACCUUAAUAAGAAAGGGAAGGACAGCAAGCAUCCGAUGUACCGGAGGCUGGUGCACUCAGCUGUGGACGUCCCUACCAUACAAGAGAAGGUGAACGAGGGCAAGUACCGGAGUUACGAGGAGUUCAAGGCGGACGCGCAGCUGCUGCUCCACAACACAGUGAUCUUCUAUGGAGCAGACAGUGAGCAAGCGGACAUUGCAAGGAUGUUAUAUAAAGACACGUGUCACGAGCUGGACGAGCUGCAGCUUUGCAAGAACUGCUUCUAUCUGUCAAACGCGCGGCCCGACAACUGGUUCUGCUACCCCUGCAUACCUAAUCAUGAGCUGGUUUGGGCUAAAAUGAAAGGUUUUGGGUUUUGGCCAGCCAAAGUCAUGCAGAAAGAAGACAAUCAAGUUGAUGUUCGCUUCUUUGGCCAUCACCACCAGAGAGCCUGGAUUCCUUCAGAAAACAUUCAGGAUAUCACAGUCAAUGUUCACCGACUGCAUGUGAAGCGCAGCAUGGGCUGGAAAAAGGCCUGUGAUGAGCUGGAACUGCAUCAGCGCUUCCUCCGUGAAGGAAGGUUCUGGAAGUCUAAGAAUGAGGACCGAGGUGAGGAAGAGGCAGAGUCCAGUAUCUCCUCCACCAGUAAUGACCAGCUGAAGGUCACUCAAGAGCCAAGAGCAAAGAAAGGACGCCGUAAUCAGAGUGUGGAGCCCAAAAAGGAAGUAAGUUGCCCGCCUCACAGUGUCCAGGUGGCAGUCGAAAGAGGAAAGAGUCUCAAAGUACGCUCAAGACAGUCAAGUAAUACCCGUCACGUUAAGGCCCAGUCUCCCGACUCCUGUCGUUGUGGACUGCUGCUCGACCAGCACGCGAGUGCACAGUCUCCGUCCCCAGAACCAGAGCCAGAAACGGAAGCAGUAAGUUCCAGCCAGGAAAUCCCCACAAUGCCUCAGCCAAUUGAGAGGGUGUCAGUGUCAACCCAGACCAAGAAGUUAAGUGCCUCUUCCCCACGGAUGCUGCAUCGAAGCACCCAGACGACCAGCGAUGGCGUCUGUCAGAGCAUGUGCCACGACAAGUACACCAAAAUCUUUAAUGACUUUAAAGACAGGAUGAAGUCGGACCACAAGCGUGAAACAGAGAGAGUGGUCCGGGAAGCGCUGGAAAAGUUGCGUUCUGAAAUGGAAGAAGAAAAAAGACAAGCUGUAAACAAAGCGGUAGCCAACAUGCAGGGUGAGAUGGACAGAAAGUGUAAGCAGGUGAAGGAAAAGUGCAAGGAAGAGUUUGUAGAGGAGAUCAAGAAGCUAGCGGCACAGCACAAGCAGCUCAUUUCUCAGACCAAGAAGAAGCAGUGGUGCUACAACUGUGAGGAGGAGGCCAUGUACCACUGCUGCUGGAACACGUCCUACUGCUCCAUCAAGUGCCAGCAGGAGCACUGGCACGCGGAGCACAAGCGCACCUGCCGCCGGAAGAGAUGAGCCGCCCCGCCUCACACGCAGCGGUUUUGUUCCCAAGAAGCCAAAAUUGUUUAGAAUUUGCUUCCCAUUUUGCACCAGCCUUUAAACACUUUUCGUGGUGAAAUUUUGCACAGUAGUUUAAAUCUUUUGUUAAUGCUCCUCCGGCAUUUUUCGGGGGCUGAAGUAACAUCAAUGGAGGGUAUUACUCUAAAUAAAUCUAAUUGAGGAUUUGUUGCAUUUUCAGCAAAUUUUAAAACAUUUUUAGGUUUUACAGAAAUUUUAACCUUUAAACAACAAAUCUUAAAAAAAAAAAAAAAUGACAGGUGAAUACCAGAGAGUCUAACAGAGACAGAACGGAGCUGAAUGUAAGAGCAGAGGGCAGAUGCUUCGGAACAGACUACCUGGCCGUGACCUUGCUGAGCUGGUGUUGGGCAGCCUGCUGACUUGACUGUCCACAGGCCUUGCCUGUGGCUGUGCUGGCGGCAUGUGAUUGAAUAUAGGGAACAGGGUUGACACAGCAGGGAUAGAUAGCCCUGCAUAUUUUUUCUUAAAUAUUUCCCAAUUGUGUUUUCAUUAUUUCUUUUCAAUAUAUAACUUUUAUAACAAAUUAUUAGCUUUGAUCUUGUAGUUUAAAAUUGCAGGGAAACUGGGGUAAUCUUUUACUGAGCUGGAUCUUAGAGAAAAUGAAUAUUUAAAUUUUAAAGUUUGCACAUUUCAUCUUUGUCUUGACAUGAGUGCUUGUAACAAAAUCAGCAGCAAAAACAAAAAUCAAAAGCCAAAAACUACCUGUACUCAGAACACAGAAUCACAGCUGAGGCAUACAAGUUUAUAACUGAGUCCC